AAAAGGUUUCGAUGGGUGGAAACCUGCCAUUUGGAUUCAGACGACGUUGAGCGAGGUUGAUCGUUGAGUUUUCAACGUAAUAUCGUGUAAUAAGUAAACAACUGAAGAAACCAGUGUGUGCGAGGAUGUCCUGUCUAACAGUACCGAUGUUAAAAUUUUACAACGGCAAUGAAGUACCAGCCGUUGGUCUGGGCACAUGGAAGUCUAAACCAGGUGAAGUCACCCAAGCAGUCAAAGAUGCUAUUGAUAUUGGCUACAGACAUUUUGAUUGUGCUUACAUUUAUGGUAAUGAGAAGGAAAUUGGGGUAGCCAUAGAAGCAAAAGUAAAGGAAAAUGUCGUAAAGAGAGAGGACUUGUUUAUAACUAGCAAGCUGUGGAAUACUUUCCAUCGACCUGAUUUAGUUGAAUCAUCCAUCAAGCAGACGCUAGCUGAUCUUGGUCUUGAUUACCUAGAUCUCUACUUAAUACACUGGCCAGUCGGAUUCAAAGAAGGUGAUAAUCUUUUCCCUAGAAAUGCUGAUGGUAGUACCAGCUUAAGUGAUGUAGAUUACAUUGAUACUUGGAAGGCCAUGGAGGCUGUAUUAAAAAAAGGUCUGACGAAGAACAUUGGAAUUAGUAAUUUUAAUUCCCAACAAAUUACUAGAAUACUCGAGAAUGCGACAAUUAAGCCUGUCACGAAUCAGAUUGAAUGUCAUCCAUAUCUAAUACAGAAGGAGCUGUCAAACUUUUGCAAGGAAAAGGGCAUCCUUAUUACAGCCUACAGUCCACUUGGAUCACCAGAUCGGCCAUGGGCCAAACCAGACGACUCGAAACUUUUGGAAGACAAAACAUUAUCUCAGAUUGCCAAAAAGUACAACAAAACACCUGCGCAAAUUCUUAUACGUUAUCAGUUGGAACGUGGUCAUAUUGUGAUACCAAAAUCAGUCACGCGAUCUCGAAUUCUUGAAAACAGCGAAGUAUUUGAUUUUACAUUAAAAUCUGAAGAUAUCGAGUAUAUCAAUACUUUUGAUUGUAAAGGAAGAAUCUGUCCUUUGACUGGUUCGGAAGCCAGCCCUUAUUACCCGUUCAAUAUUCCAUUUUAAGCGACUAAACAGACAUUUGGAAUCAAUGGUUGAUAUAAUACACGCUCAUGCGCAUAUAUACAUCAAUUACGUACACAUCUUGGAGUAAAAUACAUAUUUUGAAAUGUUUGAAACAGUGCUGUUGGUCGCUGUUGUUAUUACAAAAGAUUUGCAAAAUCAACAUUAAUGUACAAAUGUGUGACCAGAACCAGAAACUAUAAAAUUAAAACCAACAAUUAUUUUCUUGAAAUAGAUAUAUCUUUGAGACAGA